GCAGAAGAAAAAGCGAGCAAAAAGGAUGUUGGAAAGGAAGCCAAGAAACCUCCAAUCAACCUGCAGGGGAUUAGUUUCAACUUAAAUGUGGUCAUCUGGCUAGUGUUGCCAUGCAAUUGUCACUAAUUACUAGUUGUGGUCUAUGGAUGCCUGUGCUCUUAUGUCUACUCACUGCAGGAGGCGGGUAUGCCAACACCUGCACGACUCGUAGAUGUCUGGCGCAAAUGUUGAUCGACAGAAAAUUAACCACUCAGCCUCAGCGUGACACCUGCACUCAGUUUAUAUACAUACCAUUUAUGGAGUGCCAGACCAUCAAAGUCGACACAAAGAAUCUUCGUCUGGCCUGCCGUCUACAGGCCAUUGUUGAAUGGGAAGAUGAUGACAUAUCCUGGGAUAAGUCCAUUUUCCCGUAUGAUGAGGUCAUUCUGCCUGUAGACAAAGUGUGGACCCCGGAGAUUUACGUGUCCAACGGAGUAUCAGGAAGAACACAGAAUGGCUAUCGUGACCUGCUGGCAUUUCACAACAGCACCUUGAGGCACAGACUGGUGAUGUCAGCAGAGAUCAACUGUGAGUUUAACCUGUUCAACUACCCCUUUGCUGAGGAUGAGUGUCCUGUGGUCAUCCAAGCCUGGUCCACUCAAGGAUGCGGUACACAGUUGGCUAUUGGGCAAGUGGAUUUGUUUGACAGUAGCCAUGGCGACUGGGAAACUUUGGGAGCUUACCUCCACAAACAUUCUGAAGACACCUACUUCAUCUCGGUGAUACUGAAAAUCCGACAACAAAACCCCUUCGUUACCCUCCUCCUUCCGAGCAUUCUGCUGAUUUUGGUCGACAUGGUUAGCUUUGCCCUGCCACUGGGAGGCGGCGAGCGCAACUGCUUCAAAGUCACCCUGGUGCUCAGCUUCACCAUGUUCCUCCUCAUCCUCAACGACCUGCUGCCUGGCGACAGCGAGUGCGGCCCCGUGAUCAAAUACCACUUCUGUGUGUGCCUGAUAAUGCUGGUGGUGAGCAUGCUGGCGUCCAUGGUGUUCACGCGCGUGGCCAAGGACGGCGGCAUCAUCCUCUGUUGUACUCCUGGAGGAAAAAAGUCUAAACAGAAAGCUGAUCAGGACAUCAGCGUCAUCCAGGUGAACAACAAAGAGGACGAUCAGAUGCUUAAGAAAGUGGUGGACUUCCUGGAGGACGUGAAGGCCAAGGAGGCGGAGAGUGACAAAAACCAGAUAUACGCCAAUAGACUAGACAAGGGAUUCUUCUGGAUCUAUUCCAUUUUGGGCACUGUGUACUUCAUUGGUAUGAUCACAGUGAUGGUCACACAUAACUGCGAGAUUAACCACUUGGAUUUCUUCUAACCGUUUCCCAAAGUGUUAAAUGCAUGAAUAGACGGUUACAUUAAUUGGAACACCGGUGUUAUUUUUCAUAACUUGGUCACUACUGCCUAGUUUCUCUUGUUAUAUUCUUAUUUUACAGUUAUAUUUGUAUUCCCAUUGUUGCUUUUUAUUUUUAUUGUAAUAUUUUUCUAUUUUGUUUCCAUUUAUACCCCCAUUAUUUACUUUUUAAAUUGAUCUCAACUCUGUACACUGCUGUUGGAAUUUUAAUUUUCCUGAAAGAACUCUCCUGAAGGAUUCAAUAAAGUACUAUCCAUCUACCACAGUUUAUAUGAGAAAUAAAGCAUAUGCAUGACAGGUAGAUAAUAAAACAGCUUCAUUUAUAAUUCAAAUUUUUACUUGUCAUGACAUUUUAUGUUGAGCCACUUUUUUAGUGUUGGAUUGGCACUUUCAUAAACAUGUGUUUGCCGCCCUCUAGUGGCUGCAACGUUCACUUGCAUGCGAAUUGAGCUACAAAUGUAUUUUGGUUUUAUUUCAUGAUAUGUAUAUUUUCCAAUUAAACAACAUCAAUUUA